AUGGCCUGCUGGCAGCAGCUUUUGCUUUUGCUCUUCGCAGUACUGGUAGUGGCGGAAGAGGCUAGCAAGGGUACCAACGAUGGCGAACAACAAAAUACCUCCGUUGAACAUCUUCCCCAGCCAGCCGCAUUGCACCGUCAGAAGCGUCAUGAGGUUGAAAUCCAUCGCGUUAUAAAGCGACGACCAAAGCUACCACCUCCCCCACGGGGUCGCAAACCGAGACCACCGCGGCGGCCUGGUUCUAAACCGCGCGUCAAGUACGGACCACCCAACAUCAACUAUCCUCCAAUUUCGCACUAUGUCCCGCAGUCGAUCGACGACCCGUACAGCUCCGGGUUCGAGGCUUCCUUUGCCGAUCAUCACGGAUCGUUCGGCGAACCACCGGCGGGCUAUGGUUCACCGAUACAUCCAUCCCCCACGUUCGGAUCGCCCCCGUUUGCGUACGGCCAGACGAUCACCAGCUACGAAGGUUCCACCUACGGGAAGCCUAGCUACGAUGGCUCGUCGCCGUUUGGAAAGCACAACUACCAAGGAAGCUCUUCCUCUUCAUCAUCGUUCGGCAAACCAAGCUUCGAGAUAUCCAACUUCGAUGGUGGGUUUUCAAAGACUAGCUUUGGAAACGGACCCGGCACGUACGAUUCCAAGGUACCUUCGUUCUUGGAUUCAUCCAACAGCUUCGAGGGUUUCCCUGGCGGCAAACAUUCGCACAAUGUUGGAGGAUAUUCGCACAGCUAUUCGCACUCGGGCAACAAACAACCUUCGUUUGCGGAUUCCACUGCCAUAAACACCUACACCACACCAUCCGGCAAAGGUAACAUCUACGCCGACACGUCCUCCACCUUUGGAGACAUAGGAUCGAAGCAUCAAUUACCGCUGGAAAAGUAUCGAAAGGAUCCCUACAAGACACCGGUCACGUCGUACGAAGUUCCAUCGAACUCAAAGUCGAAUUUAUUCGAACCUUCGGGAGAUUUCGAAACGACCUACAAACGAUCACCACACAACGGUGGCAUCAGCUCAACGCACUCCACCUCCCACAGCACCGUUGGCAACAGUGAGGAAGAUUACAUACCCAGCCUACCGACAAGAUACGAUCAGGAGCAGUUCCAUACGCCCACGAAAACAAACCCCAACAAACCUCCGAUCAGCACGCUUCAGACGAUCGGUGGUGCGGAUGAUCAUUUCACCUCCUUCACCUCCUAUUACGACGGAGGUUCGGAGUCCCAGCGGGUCCCGGUCAAAAGUAAACAACCGUCCCCGUUCGGGCCGGAGUCGUCCGAUGAGCAGUUCCCUACAGCAUCGGGCGGCGAUAAGCGCAUCAAGAAUCGCCGCAAGAAGAAACCCAAGCUGCCCAGCUCAACCAUUGCCCACAAUCUCGACACGGAUGAUCUGCGCGACGCGUUCGGCUCGAGUUCCGAUUUCCACCAGGUGGCAAUAGAUGCGGACGAGUUUUUAGACUUUGAACCGAAGAAACAGAUUAAACAUUCCAAACCGGCGGGUGUGACGUUUCCACGGGCCGAAGAAACGCUACCGUCCAAUUAUGUACUGCUUUCGUCACAAAACCAGGGUAACGCCGCGGCAAAGGGUCGUGAACCAAACCACCAACGGUCACCUUCCUCCACUGCGGUUUCAACCAGCAAGUCGGUAGAAUAUGAUACGAAACAAUUGAAUCUAAACAAUUAUUUUCAAGCUAACCAGGCACACCGGCCAUCGAAGCCAAUUGGACUAGACGAUUUGAAUAUUCUGUCGAUACAGAAGUCUAACUCGCACAGUUACUAUGCCGGUUCGAGUCAAGCCGGAAGCGCAGGUAGUGAUAGACCUAGUACCGGAUUUCUACCGACCAGAAGAAGAGACAUGCAGCACUAUCGUAGUGCCAGCAGUAGCCUCGAUUACACCAUGCUUGAUGAGGAUGAUGAAGAAAAUUACGACGACAUCAGUGACAUUGGGACGCGGGCGCGUGGCAACCGCAAGAAAAAAGAUCUGUCGGAAACGACGGUAGCCUUGUAG